AUGGAUGUUUAUACGACGGAGUAUUUUACAGUAGCAGUUUAUAUUGUUUUGGCUGUGAUCUGCCUUUUUGGAAAUAUUUGGGUUGUUGUCACCGUGCUAAAACAGUUUUUUGGAUGUUUUCCUGCGGCAUUCAAUUAUAUGCAUACUCCUAAACCUGUUAUUUAUUCAGCAAGUGUUUAUUUACUGCUACUUUCAAUCGUCGAUUUAAUAUCAAUUCUUCCGGUUCCAGUGCUUGUCGUGGACAUUCUUAACAAUGACUUCCCUUUCCGAGCUGAUGUGUUGGGAAGAUUUAUUUGUAAAUUUAUUUUCUUUUGCGAAGGUGCGAACAAGUCGCUGUCACCACUAGUGCUGACAGUACUGAGCGUUGACCGUUAUGUGGCAGUUUGUAAACCGGCUUGGGUUUGCUUGCGCAGACCAAAAAUCGCUUGUUUUAUGGUGCUUUUUUGUUUUCUUCUAUCUCUGUGCUUUGUUGCACCAGUGACAAGUGUAGCUAUUAUUGGACCGAUGGUUGAUGAAAAAAAUCGUAGCCAUACGAAAUGUUACCUGGACGAGCUACCAUUGUCUUGGAAGUUUGAUGUGGUUCAUAUCUUUGGUUGUUACAUACUGCCCUUAGUAAUUAUCUGCUCUGUGUAUACUUCAAUACUGCGGAGAUUAUACCGGCAUGCUCAUACAAGCACUGUUGGCAAAAAGACUUCUAUUCCAUUACAUCGUGUGGUUAAAUGUUCUGCCGCGGUAGUUGGCUUUUAUUUUAUUUGUUGGACUCCUUACUGGACUAUUCGAAUGGGUUAUAUCACUGGUUGUGUUUCUGCAAACAGUAUUUCAGAUUCCUCUGACGAAUAUCAAGAUGUGUCUAAUGCUACAGCAUCACUUGGUAAUGUGACUGUAGAGGAACAAGAUGUUCCGUCUGGGAGGAUGUCAUGGACGAAGGUCUUGUCCAUAUAUUUUUUUCACUCUCUCCCGUAUGCACAAAGUGCAUUUAAUUGGUUGUUUUACGCAUUCCUCAACAGGAACUUGAGGAAUUCGUCGUCAAGGCCAAGUGGCGCUGGACGAUCUGUUGGUGUUACAAGUGUUUUAAUAGACCAUCAAAACACUGCUUCACCGAACGGAAGUAUCGUACCAUCUUGGAGAAGCAGUAGAAAAACAAAUUCUGUUGGAACAAAUGUGAAGAAAACAUACUCUUGCUGUCGCUCGCAGAUACGAUCGCGGUACUUUCUUCAUUAUUAA